GAAAUAACCAAGCUUUUCGAUGAGUCGUACUUUGUAUUCGGUGUAAACGCACGGUUUACCUUAGUUAACGAUAUGAAGCUGUAUAAAAAGUGAAAAACAUAACAAAAAAAUGAGUUCCUCUCUAAACCUGGAUAAACUUUUAGAAGAUUUGGGUCAUUUUGGUAAUUUUCAAAAAAGAAAUCUCCUUUUGGUAUGUUUUGUGGUGAUUUUUUCUUGUUUCCCUAUGGGGUAUAUUUUUACAGCAAGGGAUUUAAGAUAUAGGUGCAAAAUAAAUGGUUGUGAUGAUAUAAAAAAUCCGAAUUUUUAUGAACCCUGGUUGGAAAAUGCGGUCCCUUUUAAAAAUAAUCAUCCAAAAAAUUGUUACAAAUUCAAAUCAAACCUAACUGAAAAUUAUGGAAAAAAUCUAAGCUGCCCGAAAGAUCAUUUUGAUAAAAAUGUAAUUGAAACCUGUGACGAAUUUGUUUAUGAAACCGAUGAAAUUACAAUAGGAAGAGACUUUAACAUAACAUGCGAUGAAAACCUCUGGAAAUUAACAAUCGUUGGUACUAUAAGUAUUAUUGGCGAAUUAGUAUGUCUCCCUAUAUAUGGAUAUUUCUCAGACAAAUAUGGAAGAAAAGCAAUGAUGAUUUUUGGAGGAUUAGCAACUACUAUAUCUGGUUUAAUAAGAUCGUUUAUGCCAACAUACACCCUUUAUUUAAUAAUGGAGUUCGUUGACACCAGUUUGGGAUCAGGAUUUUAUAGCGCCGCAUUUAUUUUAGCUAUGGAAUUGGUUAUUCCAAAACAACGUGUAAUUGGUAACACUAUUCUCGCGUGCGCUUUUGCGCUAGGAGAAGUCAUUUUGGGUUUGGGAGCUUGGAUUUCACCUUCAUGGAGAGUUAUGUUAAGAAUUCUUUACGCACCGGGAAUCUUUUUUAUUGCUUAUAUUUGGUUAUCUCACGAAUCUAUAAGGUGGUUAUUAUCGAAAGGAUAUAAAGAUAAAGCGAGUGAAAUACUUAAAAAAAUAGCAAAGUUGAAUGGCACUUCAAUAUCAGAAGAAGUAAUAUCAAAAUUAAAUGUGGAAAAAGAAGAAGUUGAUGUACCCCAAGAAAAUUUUAUACACAUUUUUAAAGCUCCUCGUUUAUUAUUUAGAUUAAUAAAUUGUUCGUAUUCUUGGAUUUGUUGCACGUUUGUUUAUUACGGUUUAACGUUGCAUUCUGUCUCAAUAUCUGGAAAUAUUUAUGUUAAUUUUAUAGCUGUAUCGUUAAUUGAGGUUCCGGCCUACUUUGUAUGCAAUUAUACCUUGAGCAGGAUUGGAAGAAGGCUGACAUUAGCGCCGGGUUUUAUUUUUAGCGGUUUAGCCUGUUUGGCGUUUAUUUUCGUCCCAGAAGAUCAACAUUACUCGAGGUUGGCAUUAUUUUUACUUGGUAAAUUCUUCGCCACUGUUGCUUACACAGUUUUAUACAUGUACACGACUGAAAUGUUUCCAACUUGUCUUCGACAUUCUUUAUUAGCAACUUGUUCGAUGUUUGGUCGGCUUGGAUCUAUGGUAGCACCACAAAUACCACUUUUGGUUAAAGUUUGGGAAUCUCUUCCUUUGAUGUUGUUUGGUGUUAUGGCAAUAAGUACGGGAAUUUUAUCGUUUUGUUUUCCUGAAACUAACAGGGUGAAAUUACCGGAUACUAUUGAUGAAGCCAUUGAGAUGGGGAGAAAAAAGAAAGUUGAUGUAAAUACUUUGUAAUUUUAUACAAUUUUUUUUAAUAAAAUUUAAAAAGUAAAUUAAGUCAUAUCUUAAGAACGAAUUGAAGUAUGGUGAUGAAAUAAACUGCAUGUUAAAGCAAAUUUAAUGAAGAUUAAA